GGUGUGUGUUUAUUAAGGCUGCCUUGCUGUGUAGUCACUGAUCACAGACGACAGAUUUCAAACAUUGUCUUAGCGUUUUAAUCACAGGUAUAGUCAACAUUUGUUCGGUUUGUUCAUAAUGAACGGGACUGAAUUUCAGCUUCCUCUGACUGAAUAUGAUUUUGAGCGGCACUUUGAUGAGAGGGUUGCUAUUGAGUGGAUGCAAGAGAAUUGGAAAAAGUCUUUCUUGUUUGGUGGAGUAUAUGUUGUAGUUGUGUUUGGAGGACAGAACUUCAUGAAGGGAAGGGCGAGACUUGAUCUGCGUAGACUGUUGCUGCUGUGGUCUCUAAGUCUGGCCAUCUUCAGCAUCAUUGGAGCUGUGAGAACAGGAUGCUAUAUGUUGUACGUCCUCAGCACCAGCGGAUUUAAGCAGUCCGUUUGCGAUCAGAGCUUCUACAACGGUCCGAUAAGCAAGUUUUGGGCUUGUGCCUUUGUGCUGAGCAAAGCCCCAGAACUAGGAGACACCAUAUUCAUUGUCCUGCGCAAACAGCGGCUCAUCUUCCUCCACUGGUAUCAUCACAUCACUGUCCUGGUUUACUCCUGGUAUUCCUACAAGGACCAAGUGGCCGGUGGGGGCUGGUUCAUGACCAUGAAUUACACCGUGCACGCGCUCAUGUACAGCUACUACGCUGCCCGAGCUGCAGGACUCCGUGUGCCAAAACCCUGCGCCAUCAUCAUCACUUCAUCACAGAUUGCCCAGAUGGCUAUGGGGUUGGCAGUAAGUGCGCUGGUGUACCGGUGGAUGCAGGAUGGCGAUUGCCCCUCUUAUGUAGAUAACAUCGUGUGGGCUUCACUCAUGUAUCUCAGCUAUCUGCUCCUCUUCUCUUCGUUCUUUUAUCAAGCUUACGUGAAGGGUUCCAAACCCACGGGCAUCAAAACUGACUAAGACCGAUUGGAGAAUUAUAAUAUUGUUUUACCGUUGACCUUACCUUUGUUAGUAUUUUGUUGUUGUUUGUUUUAAAUAACCGCUGUUGUAGUCUGCAAUCACAUGCCAUUUCAGGAUAAACUGCAGAAUGGCCGAGAGGAGCUGACAAACAUUUUGGGGGUUUGUUUAUAAUCCUCAAAGUUCUGCAUGACUGCUCCUCUCUAACAAGUCAACCUCGCUCGUCUUUAAAAGUUUGUGUUUGUUGACGUUUUAGCAGAUUGGAACGUAUAGAAUGCGUCUCAGCCAUGUUAAAGUUUGUGCCAAGAUUUGUGUGUACGUGCUAUUGCAUGUGUGCGCUUGUGGUUUGAGAACGAGUCAUUUUACAAAGAUUACACUUUCUACUUCACGUCUUUCGCUGGGUCAUGGUAAAAAAAUCCAUUCCACGGAUGCUCUCUCGUCCACAUGGGUGUGUUGUUAGAGAGCAUGUUUACUAUCACAGUAAUUUAACCUCAUGAUGUUACAGAAACUCGUAGUAUCUGUACUGACUGGUUGUGCUGGUUUCCUGAAGUUGAAUUGAUGGACAGUGUUGAGCCGGAAUUUUCUCGAAUGACGACACCCAUUUUCUUUUAAUACUGCGCAUGUUUCUGUGCUGAGGUCAUUGUAGCUUCAGGUAACUCGAGCAAAAAAUGCAGCUGAGACAAUGAUUGAUUUAAGCUCUCACCCAUCCUUGUAUUAAACAUGGGUAGAGUUGGUAGGAAGUCAUUAGUUAGUUUUGUAGGCGUUUUUGCAAUACUGGAUAGAUUGUAGCACAUGAUUUGGUGGCAAUCUUCAGCCAUCCCUAUAAUUUAGUAUGAGUUGCUAUUAAAAUGUACAAUUGUUUUACAGUAACUUUUGGUCACUUAUGGAACGUUGUUGUUGUUUAAUCAUCAUAAGCUUAUGGUUAAGGUGUCUGGUGUUCUCCACCAAAAGUAUAGCAAGUUAAUAGGUUUCCACCAAAAUGCGUCAUUGAAAAACUUGUAUUGUGUACUAGAUUUUGAAAACGGAUCUUAGAGAAUCAGUUUGAUGUCUGGUCUUACGCGAUAUCAUCUGAAAUGUGGCUGCUACCUGCAAUAUGUGGUUUAUUUGUCUAAAAUCUGUUUCUUAAGUGUUGACCGAAUAUUUAUUCUGUUUUUUAAUGAUUUUAAUGACUUGAUUUUUCUUAUUUAUAUGUGAAAUAUUGUUAUACUGCAGCCAUAGAUUUUGUUGAAUGCAAAACUAAGUAUUUAUGAAGAUGAAUGACAUCACUGAGUUUAAUAUGUCGUUAAUCGAAGGUGAAAAACAGAUGCCAAAAAGGUAAAUUUAUUAAGCUGUUCUUGUUUUUAAGAGCUACAAAGUGUUAAUCAUUUUGUGUAUUAUUUUUUUGUAAUUACAAAUAAAAUAAAAAUGUUUACGUUGA